UAUUCCAAUAAACUUGCGAGCAUGGAUUUUUCAGUGACAAAAAUAUCCGAGUCCUUCUGUAAAACCUUGUGAAUCAACACCGUGUAACACCACCCUUCCCCUCUCAUCCUUUGGACAAAUUUCCUACUUUAAGAGGCACUUUGCUUGAAACUUUGCUAGUGUUCAAAUAUGGCCAAGAACCAGAAAAGGUCAUAAAGGAUGCAUUGUCUAAGGCUUUGGUUCACUACUAUCCUGUGGCCGGAGAUUUUUCAGUCUCUGAUCAAGGAGAGUUAGAGAUUGUUUGCAAUUCUCGAGGAGCUUGGUUUGUUGAGGCCUCUGUUAAUGGUAGAUUGGAAGAUUUCGAUUAUUUGGACGAUCCUUAUAUUAUUCCUAGGCACUAUUUGAUUCCUCAACCUCCUCCUGUGGUUGAAGACCCUACCAGUAUUUUUUUUGCUUUUCAGGUGACAAAGUUCAAAUGUGAAGGAUUUGUAGUUGGCAUGAGAACAAGUCACCUUAUGUUUGAUGGAGUAGGAGGAGCACAAUUCUUGAGGGCAAUUGGAGAAAUGGCAAGAGGAUACACCCAACCAUCCAUCCCUCCAAUUUGGUCCAGGGCUGAAAUGCCCAUAAAGCCACAAUUUUCACUUCCAAACAGCUCACCAAUGCCACCACCACCACCAUCAUCAUCUUCAGCUCUCAUGACCCUACAAAGAAAAUUCAUAGACAUCCCUCCACACCAAAUCACCAAAAUGAAGAACAAACUCAUCAAUCAAAAAUGCUCCACAUUUGAUGUCCUUAUUGCAAAGCUUUGGAGAAGUAAACUCAGAGCCAUCAAAACCAACCCUGAUGUUCUUGUCCAACUUGCCUUUGUUGUCAAUGCAAGGAAAUAUUUGUCCUUAGAAGGAUAUUAUGGUAAUUGCCUAUACAUGAAGGAGAUUGAAACUUCAUGUGGGAAGGUUGCUAAUGGUAGUUUUUCUGAGGUUGUGGAGUUGAUACAAGAUGCAAAGAGAGGCGUUGCAAGUGAGUUCAGUGCAUGGGUUAGUGGUGGAUGUCAAGCUAAAGACAUGAUAAUGAAGUAUGAGAAGCUAAUUGUUAAUGAUUGGACUAACAUAAGGUUUGAAGAUGUGGAUUAUGGAUGGGGAGCAGCAAUGAGCAUGAUUCUUGUUGAAGAUGUGCCUGCUCUUCCAUCUUGCUUGUUCACUAAGACGCCGAAGAUGCCGAAUGGAGUUCGAAUAGUUAGCAGUUGUGUCAGAGAAGAACAUAUGGAGGAGUUCGUCAAGCAAAUGAACGAUUUUGAUGAUUAAAUUUUGAUGAGGAGAUUGAGUACUUCUUGUUGAUUUUGAUGUGCUCUUCAGUCAUGUGUUUUGUUGUUUGCAUGAAUUAUAUGUUCUUCUGCAAUUUGUUGUGCUGAAAUAAAUUUGUUUGUUUGUUUGUU